UCUCUCGCGGAGCGCCAGCGGUCGACUCGUCGCUCUUCACACACUCGUGUUGUGGCGCCGACGAGGUGCACGCGGACUCUGUUCCUGUUCCAUUGGUGAGUGGCCGGCAAGGUGGUGGGUGUGUACGGAACGUUUCGGUCUCCCGGUCUCUGGGCACGGAGGAAGAAGAAAGGGUCAGCUCGAGUUUCUGUCACUGCCGCGAGCCACACCAGCCGUCAUGGGCGGAUAUGCAUGGGUUACACUGGCUACGAACGAUGCCUACUCCCUGGGAGCACUGGUCCUGGCGCACUCUCUACGCCGGGUCGGCACCAAGCACGACCUGGCCUGUCUGAUCACUCCCGGAGUUACGGCGAACAUGAGGGAAAAAUUAGCGGCAGUAUUCUCCUUGGUGCAGGAAGUCAAUGUUCUCGACUCGAAGGACGAGACGAAUCUGGCCUUGCUGGCUAGACCAGAAUUGGGCAUCACUUUUACCAAGUUGCACUGCUGGAGGCUAACUCAGUACGAGAAGUGUGUAUUCGUUGAUGCAGACACUCUUGUGGUACGAAAUUGCGAUGAGUUAUUCGAGCGAGAGGAGCUAUCGGCCGCGCCCGAUGUCGGCUGGCCUGACUGCUUUAAUUCCGGCGUAUUUGUAUUCAGACCGUCUCAGCAAACGUUCGCGUCAAUCACCGCGUUCGCCGCCGCCAAGGGCUCGUUCGAUGGCGGCGAUCAAGGCCUAUUGAACAUGUACUUCAGCGACUGGGCCACCAAGGACAUAUCCAAGCAUCUGCCGUUCAUCUACAACAUGUGUUCCACCGCGACGUACUCCUAUCUUCCCGCAUUUAAACAAUUCGGCGACGACGUGAGAAUAAUACACUUUAUCGGCAUAACGAAACCGUGGUUACAGUAUUUCGAUACCCUGACCGGUACCGUCCAGCCACCACCGGGAGCAUCACACUUGCAACCGCUGUUGCAACUAUGGUGGAGCAUAUUCUGCGAGCGAGUGCAUCCCCAAUUGUCGCCCUCCAUGGCCAGCAGCACAUUGGCUCCAAUUUGGCACGCAUUUGCUCCCCCGUCCUAUGUACCCCCUUUCCCCGAGAUCUCCGAUUACUCCGACGACGCGACGAAUUGCAACACGUACAGCUCUCGGAUGCCGGAUUUUUCGGAAUUUAAAGAUCCCUGGGAGGAGUACUCCCCGCGGAACGAUUCGUUUCCGACCGACAAUAGCGCACCGAGCGACAAUUGUUACUGCGGUGUUAAAUACGAGAAUGAAGCGGAUGCUGUCCGUCAAAGUGACCGUAGCGCGCCCCAACUCGCACACAAUCAACAAUUUCACUACGAGCAACAGCAUUCCUCUUACACGCCUGUUCAAACGUACGAUCAACGCCAGGAACACGCGAUGACUUCUCAUUCUGAAGAGAAUCGCAAUCAAGAGCAUUAUUUACAGCACACUGAACAUCAUCACUGGCAGCAACACAGCGAGCAAAGCUCCCAUGUUGAACAGCAUAAUGAACCGUGGGUCGAACGGAGACAUCAUCACGAGCAGCAUCAGCAUCACGAGCAGCAUCAGCAUCACGAGCAGAGGCACCAUAACGAGCAGCAGCAGCAGCAGCAUUACAACGAGCAGAGACAACAUCAUAGCGAGCAUCACCAGCAAUUUCAUCAGCACGAUUGUCACAGAAGCAAAGCGGAUGAUCAUCAUCAGCAUCAACCGGUUCAGUCUGCCGAAGUGGGGCACGAGAAUUACGCGCCGCAUCACGCUAGUAGUAGUCAAGCUAGUCGUCAAAACGCGGACCAUACCGUUCCCCAUAAUGAGUCUCAUGCGCAACGUACUAGUAAUCAAGACGCUCGUGACAGCUUCGCGUCUCAUUGUUGGCGAUGCAACGAGAAGGAUAGCGAGCGGUCGUCGGAAGCUGCGAAUACGCAGACAGACACGCGGAGAAUCGAUUUCCCUCCCCCCUCUCCCGCACCUUGUACAGAUCUCCACAAUGUAGCCACGCGAUCUGACCCGAAUGUAACGGAACAUCUAGACAAUGCAAAUGCCGGUAUCGCCGGUGCUCUGGCUCAAAUGACGCUGGGCGAAGCGAGGAGCGCCGAGCAGAUAGCCCUGGAGGAGCACAUGAGGAAGCAGAGCUGGGAACACGGGCAGAUCGAUUACAUGGGUCGCGACAGCUUCGAGAACAUUUGGAAGAAGAUCUGCGAGACGCUCUCCCUCGCGCCGGAACGCGAGCCAUCUCCGCCUAAAGAGGAUACCGCUACUUUGGAGUCUGCCGUAAAAGAGAGUCCUGCGAAAGAGGCUGCUGUUAAAGAGACUGCUGAAAUACCUGCAGAUGUCAAAGUGGAUAAACCAGCCGUUGAAGCAGACAAGGAUCCAACGCAAUGUCUAGUAUGCGAACUUCCGAAAGAGGAGAAGCUCUCGACGGCACAAAUUCUCGAGCAGAAAAUAUCCGCCGCGUUACUCUCCGAGGAGAGCGUCACGGCGGAAGCUGCCGCAACGAAAGUAUCCAGCGAGCCGAUACAAUCGGGAGACGCUUGUGCGAAACCGACCGCGGAACCGAGGGAUGUGAAACCGUGCGAUAUCUGCGCUGAAGUGCCUUCGCCGCAGCCGCCGGCAGAACCGCUAGCCGCUGCGGGAACGACUGCGGAGCAGUGCCAGCUCGUGAGCCCCCCGCAAGCGACGCAGGAAGCGGCGCCUCAAGUCGCGAGUCUUCUCCUCGAAGCGAAAGAACCCCAGCAAGCUGAUUCGCAAACAUGCCCCUUGGUCUGCGACUUGCCUGUGCAAAAAGCAGCUACGCCGGUUGCGCAAAUUGGCGGUAGCGAGGCAGCGCCUACCGAAGCCAAGCCGGAGACCCCAGCUUCCGUUGCUCAAGACGUAACGCAGCCUGCAGCUCUGAUUAGCAUGGACAUUGCUGCGACUUCUCCUAUAACGAGUCAAGCGCCAGUAGAGGACAUCGCGAAACGUGUAAUCGAGUCCAUGUCCGACGUAACGCAGCUUCUCACGAUAGACCCGGGCGAGCGGCACGCGGAGAUGCUGCUGGCGGCUUCCGAGAUCUCCACCGUGAGUCCCGUGCCUAUUCAGGUGGCGGAAUCGGUUCUCCAGGCCGAGCCCAAGGAGUCCGUGCUGGGCGCGGCUGUGGCCGUGAGCGAUCAAGCGAUCGCCACGACGGUCACGGCCGUGCACGAGUCAUCCACGGAUGUCAUUUCUGCGCCGACCCCGAUGGAAUCUGUUCAGUUGAAUGGAUCGGCUUGCGAGAUCGAGAGACGCGACGAUGUCGCGACGGCUGCAAUUCCCGGUCUACCGGAAAAGACUGAUGCUCCUCCUGAAGCGGCCAAGGAACCAGCGAGUGGCAGCGAGAUUACGACCAAAGAUCUGCCGUCGGAGAUACCACCGGUUACUGAAGAAAAGAUAUUAAUCAGUAGCAGUGUGAUACCUUUAGCAGCGUCGUCUGUGGAACAAUUAGGAGAACAAAUUGCUAGAACAGAAUUGGCAGAAACGAAACCUCCAGAACAGAUUAUGAAGACGGGAGCUGUGGAAGAAAAGUCUGCAGAGCAAGCUGCGAAAGCCGAGACAACGGAAGCGAAAACAAUCGCGCAGGCUGAAAUAACAGCGUCUAACACCGAGCAAGCCGAGGUAGCGAAAGCAGCGGCAACAGCGAGCGAAGUUCCGGAAUCGCCGGUCGCCGAGCGGAGUCCACCACCGGCGGAAGAACCCAUUGAAGCGAAACCGGUAAACGUGCCGUCGACGCCGACGGUGACCGAGGCCACGCCACCCAUCAGUCCGUCCGUGGAGAGCGCGCAGGAGAUGGAGGAGGCGGCGGGCGCGAGGAGGAGCCUGAAGAAGUCCGACUCGGCGGACGGCGCCGACGGGGAGGGCGCGGACAAGAAGGCGGGGAAGAAGACGGUGAAGAAGGUGACGAAGAAACCGAAGGCGAAGCCCGACGAGGCGGCGCCUUCGGCCGCGACGGAGGGCGCCGCCGCCGCCGCCACCGCCACCGCGGACGGCUCGCAGAGCAAGGCGAAGAAGACCGUGAAGACAACGAAGAAGAUCGCCGGCGCGAAGACCCUGGAGACCGACACAAGCGUGCCGGAGACGCCGCCGCCGCCGCCGUCGGCCGGCGCCGGCGGCGUCGACGCGCCCGUCCCGCCCAAGCGGAAGACGAAGGGCGCGAACGCGAAGGGAACGACCGGCAAGAAGCCCGAGGCGGAAGAGUAAUCUGAUCGCGGGAGGUCGACGGUCUCGAACAGUCCAGGAGUCCGAGAGACCGCAGGAUGUUCCCGCAAAAUGUUCGCGCCAAGCAUCAAGUGUACAUCGAGGUCUUACGAGGAGAACUUCAAUCCUUUCGAGACUCCGCGUUCUCAGAAGACUAAGUAUUUUCGCGCAUACUCUUUUUUUUUUUACUCGGUUUUUCCUGAGAUAAAAGAUUCCCUGUAUGAAACUCAUGAAUCAGCGACGUUUGCUAGAAUUAGACACGAAGAUUGCCGCGAUAUUUAGUCCGAACGCUCUCUCUCGAAAGGAUUAAAGAAUCGCGUUUAGAAGAUCACACUCGCUAGUCUGUUACGGUUUUUUUCCCCUUUUUUUGAUACUUUUAAUAUAUAUAUACUUACAUCCCGCGAGAGUUUCUAUAUCGCCGUUAUGAGCCUCGAUACCGCGUUCGCCGCGGGGGUAUCGGGCGCGAUACCGAGAGUUUAAUCAAGUUUAAUCGACGACAAAUAAUUCGUAUUUAUCCGAGUCGCGCGUUACUCCACUUGUCUUUUCCUUUUCGUUCCCCUUUCCUCUCUUUUUUUUUUUUAAUUAACGAUAUACUCGCUUCUCCCCCUAUGGUUUGUUCCUAUCUAUCUUGUUAGAUAUCGCACUCGUGCAAUUACCGUUUCCUCGAGUCGACGUUGCUCGGGAGAGGUCAAGGAUCUCGCGCAUCCUGAAACGACGAGCCCGUGCCUCACCCUCGGCAACGCGCGCUCGAGUGUGUCUUAUCGCGAGCGAGCAUUUUAUAUAUUUGUUUAUCCGCUUCGACAAGUCUGAUAGAGCGCUGUCGCUAAGAAAAAAAAAAGGAAGGUGGGAAUCGGCAGCUGUGAUUGAUUCUGUUGCGAAGUCUUUUUCCGAAGCCCUUAUACGCGAAUCGAGCGCGAUGUCAGGAUCGCGAGCUCCCCGCUGCGAGACGUUUUUCGCAUCGAUGUCGUAUGACAUCACCGUCGAGAGAGGAGAAAGAGAGAGAGAGAGAUCUAUGUUUUAUUUACGCGCAUCGUAUAUACAGUACAUCGUGUAUGUAUGUACACGUGUGUGCGUGCACGCGGCCGCAAUAAUGCACGAAGUAUCCUGCCAUCGCGCGCACAUCCGCAUCGAUCGUGUGAGACGGUGAAUGAAUUAAAGGAAGGUCCGCUUGUCUCGCGGAAUCAAUUAUUGUGAUUUCAUCAGGAAACGAGAGACAGACGGAGAGAAAGAGAGAGAGAGAGAGAAAAAGCAAUACUAAUUUAUUACGGGCAACGAGAGCAAUAUAAGCAAUACAAACGCUGCGAGAACGGCAACAGAGAUAUUAUACAUGAGAAAUCUGAGCGGCUCAUCUUUUUGUAUACUCAUAUAUAUUAUAUAUUAAAUUAUAUUUUUCCUCGUGUGUAUUUUUACUCGAUCGUUGAUAUUUUUAAAAAGAAAUGUUCUUCUCUAAAUGUAUGUACAAAUAAUAAAUUUCUUACUCUAAUUUAGAUUUAAGCGAUCAAACGGUUCUUUCGAAAAGUAUCAUGAAUAAAUAUUAAAUAUCACUCCCGAUCUUUUGAAAGAACCACGCAACUCGCUGCAACAUAGUAUAUAUAUAUAACGCAACUGAAAGCUUUUUAAUAAUGAUGAUGAAAUAAAAUUUUUGCCGAUGCGUUCGCAGGAAGUAAGUUGUAGGAGGUACUCCAAAGACGCAGUGUGUAAGAUUUGUAACAAGACUUAUCGCCAAUAAAACACGUGUCGUCAAUGAGAAA